GGGGAUUGUCAACACGCUGGAAAUAAAAUCUAAUCUUAACUUUGCUAUAAUUUUAAUUUCCGCCAGGUGAUUUUUGCCACUUAUAUCAGCCGAGGAUGUCUAGAAAAGCACUUCAUCUUGUUGUGGAUCUCGAAAUACAAGCGGUGACUUGUCCGGGGGUUUGGCUUUGUCCAAAUGGCAAUGUGCAAUUGCUAUUCUCGAUGUUGGGUCAGGAGGUUCAAACCAAAAGACUUCCUCCAGUCUUCCCUUUACUUUUCCAUGAGAAGCUCACCUUCCAAAAAACAUUUUCAAAUGCUGGAUGUUUGGCAGAAGUGCAAGAUAGUUUAGGCAGGGAAGAUGUAUAUGCGGUACUGCUUCAGGAAGUCGAAGAUUCAAGUGGUGGAGCAGCUGUACAGCUAGCUCGUUUCCACAGUACUGCUCUCCAAAUUUUAUACCCUUCUCCCUGUGCAAAGGGCUUACUAGCUGGUGUUGAUGUUGAUUUAUUAAUGGAAGCUUCCGCUGACUAUCCAGGUAUUUUGUGUCCCAAAAUUGAACUGUCAACUAAAACUGUUGUUAAAGAAGUCACUAGUUUGGCACAUGAAGGACAUAUCAUAAACCCCAAAACAUUGAGCUCUCAGAGAAUUUGUCUACCAAGGCAAUGCAACAGUGAGAAAGAUAGCAGAGUGAUCCACAGUGACGGGAGGCAUAGAGUUCAUUCAAAUAACCACCUUAAUCCUGGAAGAAAAUUAAAGCACAGCCAAAUUGCAACCACAGGAAUUUGCAGGCCUUGUUCUAGGGCAACACCUUGCCCCAUCCAGAGUAGAGGUAAUUAUUUUAAUUUAAAUGGUCAUCAGAGCAGUCACUCAAUUUGCACCGGGAAGUGCGGUAUUCAGGAUGGACCAAGAAACAUUUCAAAGGAAGUCUGUCAGUGUGAAGCAGGCCACCUUCCCAGCAAAUGCCCACUUUGCACCCAUUACAAAGCUAUUUUUGGCCCAAGUUCGGGAUUUUAUGAUGUAAAGCAAGAGAAUCAAAGACACCACACAGACUUCUGCAGUAGAAAGCUGUCUUUGCCUGAUGCAUUUGAAAGAACAAAAAAAUUAUCAAAUGCUCUCCAUUCACAUGUGGAUCAAAUUUUGGAACCAACCAUGAGCAGUAUGCUGCACUCAAGGAAUCACUUAAGUGCACAUAUUCCCACCACACAAUUUCAGCCAACUUAUGGAAUGGGCACCAAAAAGGAUUCUGAAGAACAACAUUUUGAAUUUUCCAAGGUCCCUACAAAAGUAUCAGAAUCAGAUACGGGCUUUAAAGCCAGCUGCGGGAGUGGUGAUGAAUUUAAUACACAUAGACAGCUGUUUUAUGCAAAUCUAGAGAAAUUCUAUCGUAAAUUGUAUGACCGCGCCCGAACCAGAGCACAGGAAGAAAACAGUACAGAAACUACUGCCAAUUGAAGAAACAACUGCUGUAUGAGACAAGUUACAUUUAUCAAUUAAUUUAUUUCUAUUUCUCAUCGUGACGAAAACUGCUAUGAAUACAGUUAAUAAAAUAUGGGUUAAUGCAAGA